UGUCCCUAUCAAAAAGAAGCCAUGCCCAUGGGGGUCAGCAGAUUCAAAAACCACAGGGCCCCACUCAACUACUACAUUCUAUAACGACCAAAAUCUCCAUGCAGACGCGAUUGAAUGCCAUUCCCAAAAUAAGUACACAAAAGAUGCUCUCAUUCUUCAGUCUCACACACUACACCAGUAUUUAUAGGGGGUGACCUCUACACAAUUUCCCCAUGCAAAAAAACUAGUGGAAAGAGGAGAGAACCAUGAAAAUGGGUAUGGAGAAUUCAAAGUUCUUUCUCAUUCUCAUAGUAUUUGUGGCAUUUCUGGUGGGUUCUCAAGGUGUAGGUGACAAGGAAAAGAAAGGGGAGCUCUAUAAUGCUAAAGAUGGAGGGUAUGGAGGAGGGCCUGAUGGAGGGUAUGGAGGAGGGCCUGGUGGAGGGUAUGGAGGGGGGCAUGGAGGAGGGCCUGAUGGAGGGCAUGGGGGAGGGCCUGGAGGAGGGCCUGAUGGAGGGCAUGGAGGUGGGCCUGAUGGAGGAUAUGGAGGAGGGCCUGGUGGAGGGCAUGGAGGAGGGCCUGGUGGAGGGUAUGGAGGGGGGCAUGGAGGAGGGCCUGAUGGAGGGCAUGGAGGAGGGCCUGGAGGAGGGCCUGAUGGAGGGCAUGGAGGUGGGCCUGAUGGAGGAUAUGGUGGAGGGCCUGAUGGAGGAUAUGGAGGGGGGCCAUUUGGAGGAUAUGGAGGAGGUCCAUUUGGAGGAUAUGGGGGUCCAUUUGGUGGCUACGGAGGAGGCUUUCCAUUACUUGGGGGGCUUCCAUUACUUGGGGGUCUUCCUUUGCUUGGAGGGCUUCCAUUCCUUGGGGGGCUUCCACUUCCUUUUGGAAGGCUUGGGGGGCUUCCACUUCCUUUUGGAAGGCAUGGGCGCGGAUUUAGUUCUGGCAUCCAGGGGACUAAAGGUAAUGGUGAGAAAGGAGAUUAUGGCGCGAAGGGAGACUUUCUUAACCCUAAAGGUGAUUAUGGCGGGAAGGGAGACUUUCCUAACCCUAGAGGAGAUUAUGGAGGAGAGGGAGACAUCCCUAACCCUAAAGGAGAUUAUGGCGGGAAGGAAAACAUUCCAUACCCUAAAGGAGAUCAUGGUGAGAAGGGAGACAUUCCAUACCCUAAAGGUGAUUACGGCCGGAAGGGAGGCUUUCCUAACCCGAAAAGCGAUUAUGGCGGGGGGAAGGGAGACAUUCCUAACCCUAAAGGAGAUUAUGGUGGGAAAGGAGACGUGCCUAAAGGAGAUGGUGGAGCUGGUGGUGGCCAGUAUCCAUAGCCAAACAGAUGUUGGUCAACUGAACUGAGGUGUAUUUUAACCAUAUAAAUAACUAGCCUAGUUUAACCAUAUAAAUAACUAGCCUAGCUCAAGAACUUUGGCCUCUUUGGGAUUGUUAGCUCAUCUAUAAGGCCACAGGACAUUGGUGCUUUACAUAUCUGUAAUGGGUUAGCUUUCUAAUAAAUUUGCCUCAGUUGUCUCCAGUCUCCCUUUUUCUGCCUUUAAAUCUAUACAUUUCUUCUCUCUUUAUUUAUGUAAUUCUUCUGGCCAUCUCUCUCCUUCUCCCCAUGUAAUAUAAUAUGUAAGAUAAUCUUCAGAA